GGAACUCUCACCCAGCCCUGUUGGAUAGAUUCUCAGAUCUUUGAUGCUAGCAACUGGAGAUAUGGGAAUCAGGUGCCUGCUGCGUGCCACAGCUCUUGGUGUCCUGCUUGUCUGGUCAAUAUUACAACUGAAGAAUACUUCAGCAUCCUGCCCUCAAUGCAAUGAAAAUGCCUCCUGCUACAACAGCACUCAUUGUAUUUGUAAUGAUGGAUUCUGGACAGGACCUGAUAACAGAAUAAUUAUUGAGCCCCAUGUGAAAUGUGAAGAUAUUGAUGAGUGUCUAUUGGCGGUGCUGGUGUGCAAGGAUGUGUCAUAUUGUAAAAAUAAAAUUGGAACUUACACAUGCAGCUGUAUAAUAAAAUACCCUAUCUUCAACUGGGUAGCUGGCAUUAUUGAUAUUGAUAAUCCUGAUUGUUACGCAGAUUGGUGGGCAUUCCUACAAUGGCUUGAUGGACUCCAAUCAUCAAUGAUGCCUGCCACUACAUACCAAGUAGAAGAUGGCCACUCUGUGAUUCCUUCCACGGACACCCCACUCUCAGGCAGCUUACCCUCAGUCGCAUAUCCUACCUUCCAUCACAGGAAAGUGAACAAUGGGAAGAAAAUAGGAACACAAGCAGAUAUUUGGGGAGUGUGGAGUCAACAUGAAUCCAAAAAGAACUUUGCAAAAAGAGCUACCACAGUACUUCACCAAGUGGGACGCCACAUAUUGAAUGAAUACUCAGGUGUACCAACGAAGGGUGAAAAUUCUACACUGGGUAUAGUGUAUGAAAUGAAGAGGUGCAAUAGUAUGAUUCUUCUGGAAGCUGGAAAUAACACGAUGAAGAUUGACUGCACUAGUGCUCUCAAAGAAAACAAGAGUAGAGAUGAGACUGCAGUUGCUCUUAUUGCAUAUCAGUCCCUUGGGAAGUUUCUAAACGGAUCCUUUUUUAGUAACAGUGAAGGAAUGCAGAAAGUAAAAUUGAGCUCUCUUAUUGUGAGUGGUGCCAUUCGUUCAGAAGUCAAACCUGUCCUGUCUGAACCUGUACUCCUGACUUUACAAAACACUCAGCCCAUUGACCCAAGAGCAGAACAUCUCUGUGUCCAUUGGGAAGGAUCAGAGGAAGGAGGCAGUUGGUCCACUAAGGGCUGUUCUCACAUGUACACCAAUGACUCCUACACCAUUUGCAAGUGUUUCCACCUGUCCAGCUUUGCUGUGCUCAUGGCUCUAUCCCUCGAGGAGGACUCUGUGCUUUCUGCACUGUCAGUGAUCACCUACGUGGGACUGAGUCUUUCUCUAUUGUGCCUAUUCCUGGCGGCUGUCACCUUUCUCCUGUGCCAGCCCAUACAGAAUACAAGCACUACACUCCACCUACAGCUCUCCAUCUGCCUCUUCCUGGCUGAUCUCCUCUUCCUCACAGGCAUCAACAGAACUGAGCCUAAGGUGCUGUGCUCCCUCAUUGCAGGAAUGUUGCACUACCUCUACUUGGCUUCAUUCAUGUGGAUGUUUCUUGAAGGGCUACACCUUUUUCUCACUGUGAGGAAUCUUAAAGUGGCCAACUACAGCAGCUCAGGAAGAUUCAAGAAGAGGUUCAUGUACCCUGUAGGCUAUGGAAUCCCUGCCUUUAUUGUCACUGUGUCUGCGAUAGCUGGCCAUGAAAAUUAUGGAACACACACCCACUGCUGGCUCAGCAUUCAUAAAGCAUUCAUCUGGAGCUUCUUGGGUCCAGUAGCAGCCAUUAUCUUGAUAAACCUGGUAUUCUACUUUCAAACUAUAUGGAUUUUAAGAAGCAAACUUUCUUCCCUCAAUAAAGAAGUUUCAACUCUUCAGGACACCAAGAUGAUGACAUUUAAAGCCAUUGUUCAUCUAUUUGUAUUGGGAUGUUCUUGGGGCAUUGGCUUAUUUAUGGUCAUUGAAUUCGGGAAGACAGUGAGAUUAAUCAUUGCCUAUCUAUUCACCAUCAUCAAUGUCCUACAGGGGGUUUUGAUAUUUGUGAUACACUGUCUGCUUAAUCGCCAGGUCCGAACGGAAUAUAAGAAGUGGUUUUAUAAGAUGCAGAAAGGGGUUGAAAAUGAAAGCACUGAGAUGUCUUAUUCUACUACUCACACCAAAAUGGAGGAAGCUGGAAGUCAGCAGAACUGACUCACUGAGAAUGCUCACAACCUGAGCUCCUGCUUCUUAACCAAGGACAAUCAUCACACCAAUGUGGCCACACAUGGACUAGGUUCAUGUCACCAUUCUUCUAUGUGAAUUCAUCUUUUGAAAAUAAUUUUGCUAUGAUUUUUAAUGCAUAAUAAUUGUACCUGCACUUCACCGGGAAAUUUUCAUACAUACAAACAGCUUUGACCGUAUCCACCUCCCUUCACUUAUCCUCACUUGAUCCCCUUUACUUAAUCACUUUUCCUGUACACAAUUAUUCCUCUUCCUUUUAAUUUUUUAUACAAUGGAGAAUCCUAACAUUUCUCUUGCUACAUCUCAGUUAAUUACCAUAAUAUGUUUUCUUUGAAUUCCAUAUAUGUUCUGGCAAACAAUAGGCUUUUAUUCUACUUCAAAAUAGAAAAAUAUUCCAUGGGUGAUAUAAACCACAUUUUCUUUAUCCAUUGAGGCACACCAAGGCUGAUUCUACAGCUUGGCUAUUGUGAGUAGCACCAUAGUAAAUAUGACUGUUCUGUUGAGGGACACAGUCCUCUGAGAAAAACAGCUCUCAUCUUCAUCUGAUCAGCCACGACUACUUGCAAGCUUGUUGAUUCUCACAGAGGAUGAAUGGAGAGUGUCAAUGGACUCUCAUCUGAGAAACAAGCCAUAAUUCUCAAGAAUUUGUUUGCAAUUCUUACCUAAUACUGUGGCCUUGGUGUCUCCAGAUGUGAGAGUGUAUAGUCUGCAUGAAAGUUAAUUGAGAGAGACUCAUUGAUGGAAGUAUGGGGAAGCAACCAUCCAUCCUUUGUAAAGUCUCUUCAGUGGUGCUAUUCUGAGGUCACCUACAUGUUUGUA